AUAUUUCACAGUAGGAUAGCUGCGAAAUAUUAAUCCGCUGGGUCGUGACCCCCUAAUCCAACUGUUUUCUCGAAAAUAUACAUGACAUUGUGGGUUGAUCAUUAUUUUAUUUAUAUACUUAAAUUAUCAAUCACUCAAUGUAUACAGUUGCGAACAGAAUUUGCUUUCAUUGUCACACAAAAUAUUUCGCUGUUGUUUUCUCUCCGUUGUCAUGGAAACUCGUUAGCGUCUAAAAAUGGCGUCUUUAUUUGGCAAGAAAGUGUUUGAAAUAAAUGGCCAGGGUCCCCCUCCUACAAAAUAUUUUUUUCAGCUUACUGUCACUAAAACUGAAGUAAAUUCUUAUAUUUUAUCACCCAUUUGAUAUGUAUCUUGGGAUUGCUGAGAGUUGAAAACAGAUAAAGUCAACUUUAUCUGCACAAUGCUGGACUGUGCCUGUGGAGAAAGGCUACACACCAGGACAGCAGCCAUGAUGAUAUGGAGAUCGUGGAAGAUUUCUUUGCGGAUUGAAUCCAAGGGUGCUGCACCUGGAGAAAAUAAGAUGACCCAUGAUGACUAUUUGCAUGAUGCGCGCAUGCAGCAACAGGUAGAUGUGGUGUUUGGCCGGCAGAUUUUACAGUACACCCAAGCACUGUGCCAUGGGAACUUUGAUUACCUGGAGCGCCUGCCCAAUGACUUACUACUCCAAAUCCUGGCCUUCUUGGAACUGAAGGACGUUGCACUGCUGGCACAGACCACAAAGAGGUUCCACAAGCUCUGCAACUCUCCAGAGUUCUGGGAACAGACUGUGAGGGGCCGCUGUGAUAAACUCACGCCUGACAAUGGAAGCCCUAGCCAAAACGCCAUGGGCUGGAGGAAGAUAUUCUUUGCCUUCUUCAACACCAAAGAGAACCAGCAGUAUGUACAUGGAGGUAGCUAGACACUUAAACAAGACAGUGUUACUCAUCUCAUAAUAAAGAUUUGAGAAAAUGUAACUUUCUCUGCAAUUAGCAUAAGGAGUUAUUUAUGUAUUUGAAUGGUGUCUUGUUUAAAAUGCACUAUUGAUUGAUGUUAUGUGAAUGUGUAUUUCAGAGCUUGUUUAUUCUCUCUGCAAAAAUAAAAAGUGCCAAAUGCUGUGGGCUUCCUUCGAACAAAUAACAUUAAAUGAUUUAGUCUUGGUUUUUGUCAUUGCGUUUGAUUUCUAAUCCAGUAUGUUAUAUGCACUAUUUACAAGUAAAGCCAUACUAUUACUGAAUGAAUGCAUGUUGCAAUGGAAUUGUUGAGGUGUUUAUUAAAUGAGAGUUUAUUUGACCAACGUAAGUUGUAUCAGUGUGCUA